GUGCAGAACACAAUUCAAGAUAUACACGUAUACUGAGAGGGUUCAUAUUAGUACUUGGUUCAGUAUUGGAUUCUUAUUGAUUUGGUCUUUUGCAUUUCUGGGUUUAUAAUUUGAGCUUGUGUGUGAAUUCAUUGAAGAGAGGGGGGUAUUUUGUUUCUGAAUUCUGGUUAACAAUGGCGAUGAAGAGACCUUUACAGUGUAUGUUGAGAAGAAAUUGCAUGAGACCAAGUUUUAGUGCUCUUCCUGAAGGCAACCCAUCUUCCCCUUCUCAAAACCUCAUCAACCUCGAGUCCGAGUGCAGUGCCCACAAUUACCAUCCGAUUCCUAUCGUUUUUUCUAAAGCUAAGGGUUCAUCUGUCUGGGAUCCAGAAGGGAAAAAAUAUCUUGAUUUCCUCUCAGCUUAUUCUGCUGUCAAUCAGGGACAUUGUCAUCCAAAGAUCAUGAAAGUAUUAGCAGAACAGGCUCAAAUGCUCACUCUCAGUUCUCGUGCCUUCUAUAACAAUAGGUUUCCAGUAUUUGCAGAACGUAUAACCAGCAUGUUUGGAUAUGAUAUGCUGCUACCUAUGAACACUGGUGCAGAAGGGGUAGAAACAGCUCUUAAGCUGGCAAGGAAAUGGGGUUACAUGAAGAAGAGAAUACCGAAAAAUGAGGCUCUCAUUGUCUCAUGCUGUGGCUGCUUCCAUGGUCGGACGUUGGCUGCAAUCUCCAUGAGUUGUGACAAUGAAGCUACUCGUGGUUUUUGGCCCCUAUUACCUGGGCAACUUAAAGUCGAUUUUGGAGAUUCUGUUACCCUUGAAAAAUUAUUCAAAGAAAAAGGAGAUCAGAUAGCUGGCUUUUUGUUUGAACCAAUUCAAGGAGAGGCUGGGGUUAUAAUUCCCCCGGAAGGUUACCUGAAGGCCGUUAGAGAUCUUUGCUCAAAGUACAAUAUUUUGAUGAUUGCUGAUGAAAUACAAAGUGGCUUGGCACGCUCUGGUCGAUUGCUGGCUUGUGAUUGGGAAGAAGUUCGUCCAGAUGUUGUUAUAUUGGGAAAAGCAUUAGGUGGUGGAGUCUUGCCUGUGAGUGCUGUGCUUGCAGAUAAAGAUGUUAUGCUUUGCAUUCAGGCUGGAGAGCAUGGAAGCACUUUUGGGGGGAAUCCAUUGGCCAGUGCAGUUGCAAUUGCAUCUUUAGAUGUGAUUAGAGAUGAAGGACUUGCAGAGAGAUCUGCUCAAAUGGGAGAACAACUUAGACAUCAGCUGAUAAAGAUUCAGCGGCAAUUUCCUCAUUUCAUAAAGGAAGUUCGAGGGAAAGGCCUAUUCAAUGCUGUGGAGCUUAAUAGCAAAUCCUUAUUACCUGUGACAGCUUAUGAUAUAUGUAUGAAACUGAAGGAGAGAGGCAUUCUUGCUAAGCCAACUCAUGAUUCUAUAAUACGCUUGACGCCCCCGCUGUCAAUGAGUUUGGAGGAGCUUCAAGAAGGCUCUAAUGCCCUGCAUGAUGUUUUAGUACAUGAUCUACCAAAGAUGCAGAAAGAGAAGCCAGCAAGAGUCUCCCAUGCUACCUCCAAUGUAUGUGACCGGUGUGGCCGUGACUUAUAUGGCUCUUCAUAAGAUAUUUAAACUAGAGGUAGCUUCCAUAGAUAGCAGUACGCCCUGCCUUCUUUUUCCACACUAUACGUUUCAUAUCAAUCCAUAUACUCAUCUUUACGACAUCGUAGGAAGUGUCAUUGCAAUACUACAUAUAUCUGAUUUAUGAUAGAAAUCAGAACCGAACUAAUAUAUGUGAGUUCUUGGAUACCAAGAAAUGCAAAUAAAGUUGUCUCUUCUU